GCACCCUCCCUACCCCCUGCCAGGACCUUUCAAAACCACCUGGCUUUCCACUGCCCUUCCCACAGCAAGCACAGACAAAGAGAUAUAUAAGUCUGCGCUUUCAUGCAUUGUUCCCUCUUGCAUUUUGAAGCUGAAAGGACAAAUCAAGGUUGACAUGCCCUGAAAAUAUUGCUCAACAUUGUCUGUGUAUAGCAAAGACUUAAUUAAUCCAGGCACCAGCUGUCUGCAAAACUGAACUGCCUUGUCAAUCCCUUCACCAGCAAGAGGAACAUGGGAGUGACAAUGAAGGUGUUGCUUUGUGUGGUGUGUUUUUUGGUGAUGUUCUCCGAGUGUGAGGUCAUGAAAAGUGAAACCAGCAAAACCAGCAAGGCCUUUAAGCAGACGCUCGGUGGGGGAAGGCUGAAGGAGGAGGAAAAUAGCCGGAAGCUGAUGGAAAAUGAGAAACAUAAAGAAGAUGAGAUGGUGAAGGACGCGCUUGGUAGAGGAAAGAUUAAGAAGGAGAAGGAGGACAAGGCAGCAGCAACACCCAACAUUGUGGUUCUCCUGGCUGAUGACCUGGGCUAUGGUGACCUCAGCUUCUCAGGUCAUCCCACCUCCAGGACUCCACACAUUGACGGGCUGGCCCAGGAGAGUCGGUUCUUCACCCACCACUACGUCACCAGCCCGGUGUGUAGCCCCUCAAGGGCCUCCCUCCUGACGGGACGGAUGCAGGUACGCAGUGGAGUCUAUCCCAGUUAUUUUCUGCCUGACAACCCCCUUGGUAUGCAUCGUAAUGAAACCACCAUUGCUGCCCUCUUGAAAGCCAAGGGUUACCGCACCAUGAUGACGGGGAAGUGGCAUCUUGGGGUGGGUUCGAAUGGCGAGUUCCUGCCCACACACUUUGGCUUUGACCACUACCUGGGGCUGCCCUACCCCCAAGACAUGUGCCCCUGCCUGACCUGCUUUCCGGGACCCGAGACCUGCCAUGGCCCCUGCUCUAAUAACUGGGUGUCCUGCCCUCUGUACAGCGACACUACCAUCAUUGAGCAGCCGGUUGACCUCCUCACCCUCACGCAGCGCCUGGUCCACAACGCCACCGCCUUCAUCAAUGAGUCAGCCGCCUCAGACACACCAUUCUUCCUCUACUUCCCAUUCUUGCAUAUCCACCACCCACAAUUCGCCUCGGAGAUGUUUGCCGGGACAAGCGACCGAGGCCUUUUAGGAGACGCCCUGGAGGAGAUGGACUGGGCCGUGGGGCAGGUGGUGGAGACCCUGCGAGAACGCGGCAUCCUGGACAACACACUCAUCUGGUUCUCUUCGGACAAUGGCCCCAGUUUGUAUCGGCAAGAGCGUGGCGGGUGUGCUGGGAUGCUGCGCUGUGGCAAGGGAACCACCUGGGAGGGAGGCGUGAGGGUGCCCAUGUUUGUCCAUUGGCCCCACCCACUCAUAGCACCAGGUCGCAGCAAUGGCCUGGUGUCGGCACUUGACCUCCUGCCCACAUUGGCCUCCCUGGUGGGCCUCGACACCUCUGGCCUCACCCUGGAUGGCACAGACAUUUCCCCUCUGCUCUGGAACCCCCUCGCCCCUAGUCCAAGGCAAUACAUGCCCAUCUACCCUGAGAGCCCUGCUCCCUCAAUCGGCCCCCUGGCGGUGACCAACGGGACCUACAAGGCUCACUUCUACACCAAGGGCUCAGCUUUAUCUGGUCCCGAUAACUAUGACCAAAUGUGUCCUGGAACCCACCCACUGACCCAGCACGACCCGCCCCUCCUCUUCCACAUCUACCGUGACCCGGGCGAGCGGUAUGACCUCUCUGGUGACUCACAGUACAGCGACGUGAUAAGUGACCUGACAGCUUGGCGGGAAGAGCACAUGAAGACGAUGACCUGGAGUUUCCCCCUCACAGAGCUCCAUGAAUCCUCCUCCCAACCCUGCUGCACCUCCCCCUCCUGCACCCCCUUCCCCCGAUGCUGUGACUGCCCCACCUACUCCUUCAGCCCUUCCCCAGCCCCCCACCCCUUCCACACACCAGCCCAGUCCCACCCCAACCCUGUCUCCAGCGUCAUGUUACACUGAGGAGGGAUUGGAUGGAUUGGAUUCAUUGGCUGCAGUCUUGUAAAAUAAAUGUGGUGCCAGGAAGUGUUAGUCAAGAUAAUGCAUACUUAGAUCAUCGUCCUCAUUAGCGUGUUAUAAGUAGCUCAUUAUUGACUCUUCUGCCCUCGCAUUCUUUUGUUUUUUGUUGGGUCGGUGUCAAGUGGGUUUUCUUGUUGCGCGUUUUGUUUUCUGCCCUUGAGCUGCCUCCCUUGCGACAAAGAGAUGAAAUAGAAAUAUAAUGUCAAGUGAUGUUUUAAACCAAUUUCCAGCCAUGCCCUCUAUAAUGUAAACACUGGAAUAAGUCGGGAUGGAUACAUGGAUAUUGGUUUACAAAGAUUUAACAUUAAUAAACUGAUUGUAACACA